CAUUUUGCUUUUAUCAAAACAUGCACAGUUAUUAUGCAUUUCAAUACUAUGUUGCACUACUAUAUUUACAAUAUCAAAAAAAUUUCACACUGAUAAUAAGUAUUGCAUUUAAUGUUUAAGAAAUAAGAAGCAUUAUUCACUAAUUAUUAAGAUCGUGAACUGAUGAAUGUUUUAUUUUCUUUCAUGUUAACAGUUUAAAUAAGCCAAAACAUCUCAAUGAAAUUGCAAUUCUCUAAAAAAUAAGGAUUGUUAUUUCCCAAAUAAUAUAGGAUACCGAAAUGUCUAUGGAAGAAAUAGUUCGAGGCAUUUGUAGUCAGGAUGCUCAUCAGCAAUUCAUUGCUGCUCAGAAUGCUAGAAAAAUACUUUCCAGGAAAAGUUGUCCACCUAUAGAUGCUAUGAUUGCUACAGGAGUUGUUCCCUAUCUUGUACAAUUUCUUAUAUGUCAUGAUAACAUCCCCUUACAAUUUGAAGCUUGUUGGGCAGUAGCGAAUAUUACAUCUGGCAAUUUUGUCCAACGAAGAACUGUUGUUGAGGCAGGAGCAGUCCCUAAUUUUGCAAGUUUAUUAUCUUCUCCACAUGCUAAUGUUGCAGAGAAAGCUGUAUGGGCCCUAAGAAAAAUAGCAGGUAAGUUAAUAUUGUCAACAGAUGGCACUAUUGUCGGUGCUGCAGUAUGUCGAGUGCUUAUAGUUAAAGUAAUUAUUAAUAUGAUUUUUAAAAAAUGUUCAUUACAUAAAGAUUUAUAUAUAUUUUUUACUUCGCUAAAUGCGAGUGCUUAUAUUAUUUCCAGUUUUGAAUUUCUCUUUUUGACUUUACAUGAUUAUGCACGAUAUAUCCCGAAAAAUGUCUUGGGGUAAAAUCCCCGUUGUCCU